UGAGUGACCAGGUUGUUGUCCCGAUGAUGAGUGAACAGGUUGUUGUCCCGAUGAUGAGUGACCAUAUUGUUGUCCCGAUGGUAAGUGAACAGGUUGUUGUCCUGAUGAUGAGUGACCAGGUUGUUGUCCCGAUGAUGAGUGAACAGGUUGUUGUCCCGAUGAUGAGUGACCAUAUUGUUGUCCCGAUGGUAAGUGACCAGGUUGUUGUCCCGAUGAUGAGUGACCAGGUUGUUGUCCCGAUGAUGAGUGAACAGGUUGUUGUCCCGAUGAUGAGUGACCAUAUUGUUGUCCCGAUGGUAAGUGACCAGGUUGUUGUCCCGAUGAUGAGUGACCAUAUUGUUGUCCCGAUGGUAAGUGAACAGGUUGUUGUCCCGAUGAUGAGUGACCAUAUUGUUGUCCCGAUGGUAAGUGACCAGGUUGUUGUCCCGAUGAUGAGUGACCAUAUUGUUGUCCCGAUGGUAAGUGACCAGGUUGUUGUCCCGAUGGUAAGUGACCAGGUUGUUGUCCCGAUGAUGAGUGACCAUAUUGUUGUCCUGAUGAUGAGUGACCAUAUUGUUGUCUCGAUGGUAAGUGAACAGGUUGUUGUCCCGAUGGUAAGUGACCAGGUUGUUGUCCCGAUGAUGAGUGACCAGGUUGUUGUCCCGAUGAUGAGUGACCAGGUUGUUGUCCUGAUGAUGAGUGACCAUAUUGUUGUCUCGAUGGUAAGUGAACAGGUUGUUGUCCCGAUGAUGAGUGACCAUAUUGUUGUCUCGAUGGUAAGUGAACAGGUUGUUGUCCUGAUGAUGAGUGACCAUAUUGUUGUCUCGAUGGUAAGUGACCAUAUUGUUGUCCCGAUGGUAAGUGAACAGGUUGUUGUCCCGAUGAUGAAUGACCAUAUUGUUGUCUCGAUGGUAAGUGACCAGGUUGUUGGCGACGAGGGGGAGCGCCCUUUCUACCAUAACCCUGAGCUUCUACCUCUGUCCAAACUAAGCAUGCGAGCAGUGCUACUGCCACAAAAGAGGCGACAUCCCAGUGCUUUGCCAUGGUUCAACAGCAGUUUGACCCAGACAGUCCCCAAGUGUACAGCUUGCUGCCACAUUUAUACAUGUCCAGGAGUGAUGUUUAAAAAAAAAAAAAAUCCUCAGGCAGAAUAACCACCAAUGACAGCUUCCUAUCUUUUCAAUAGCCACUUAAAAGCUUCAGGGGUGUAUUGUCAUGUUUUUAAUAUAUAAUUUAGGGGGAUGAUUUGACAAGCCUUUUAGCAACGUCACCAGAUCAGACACGUGUCCUGUUAGAUCAGGUCACCUUUUAUUAAAGGUCUUUGUGACCUCAAAAGUUAUUUGUCCACAAAUGUUUAUUUUGCAAGUGCAAAAUGGUAAACAUAUUGAUCUUUUCUUUGGAUCGAUAACACAAUUUGUCAUAUGUGCUUUAUGGCGAAAUUCUUUCUUACAUAACUAUGUAGCAGUUUGCCAAAAUGAGGAGCUUUUAAUCAACUAAAAGACAACCGUGCUUUGAAGGUUAAAAUAAAUCUUUCAAUCGAGAAAGACUUUUCUCGACGUAAUAUAAUACAUACAUACGGUAUUACAUAACUAUUGUAGUUUGGGAGGUAACAGAUGAAAAAGGGCACAGUCUUUUAUGAUCUACUGGUGUGGUGGUACAUUUACUUUACCCGCUGUUAAAUCUUUUUAAGCUUCAGGCAGUGGCAGACAAAAGGAAUGCUAGAUCAGCAUGGUCACAAAUAAUACAGAUGUAUACAUCCUGCACUUAACAGAUGACCUGUCCACAUAAGUACUUUAUUACUUAACAGGAAAGAGGCAUGCAUUGAUAGUAUGCAAAAUAACAGCUUGUAUACCAGUUUCUUAACCCUUGUGUUGCCUUAGGGUCAUUUUGACCCGAAUCAAUAUUACACCCUCCCCCCGCCUUAGGAUUCAUUUGACCCCAUUCAAUGUUUAAUGUCGGUGUUCUUUCGGUAGUCAACAAACAAACAUAAAGUGCCUCACACUUAAACUUGGAAAACAAUAUUAAUUCUAAUAAUUUUCUGGAGGUUUUUAUUGCUGGCGUCAAAUUGAACCCAAAGGGUAAAAUAUGUUAGUAAAUAUAAAGGUAACAGGAGGGUGAAACAUUGAAUCGGGUCUAAAUGACCCUAAGGCAACACAAGGGUUAAGUCACUUUCUAAACUUCUUAGACCGUUGCACUGUUUUGCACUGUUUGUUUUGUACUGCACUGUUUUGUUCUUGUUUUGUAUUGUAUUGUGUUGCAAUGUAUAUUUUGUGUAAGCACACAGAGUCACUUUACCAAGACAAAUUCCUUGUUUGUGCAAACUUACUUGGCCAAUAAAAGCUGAUUCUGAUUCUGAAUUUCAGUUACUGUUAUGCUCCUCACCAUCCUCAGUUCCUGGGAGAGAUGCAGGGUUAAGAACAUUGCAGCGCUUAAAAGUUACAUUUCGUAUGUCAAGUUAGAUGGUGUGAUAACUGAGGCAUCUUGCAUAAAUGUCACACAAGUGUAACGUUUUCUCUUCAAGGAGAAUUCACGAUACUGCAUGGGGCACGAGUGAAGUUACAUAAUCAUGACCAAUAAUAUCUCUAGAGCAGACUUAGGAAUUAAACGGCCCUCGGGCCACCCGCGACCCUUUGGUUGUCGCUGACUUGCCUGGUCAAUGGGAAAUUAGGAUUAAAACGUAAAUAAGUGAACAUCAUGCACGGAAUAAAGCUGCAUUGCUUUCAUUUUGAAGGUGAAUGUUCAGUCUAUUGGUCUGUUUCUCUUAAUAGCCCACCCCUGAUCUUAAGAUAAUGGAGAUGGUUGUGGAAACGCAGGCCCACCUGCACCCAUCACCCUCUGUGAAGCCGUCAACGCUGUGGAGUCCUUCUGCUUCCUCGGCUCCACCGUAACCCAGUGUCCCCUGAACAUCAGCUCCAUCACGAGUCCAUCCUUUGCUCCUCCAUCAGCGUCUGGUUCGCUGCAGCCACUGCCGAGGACAAGGGCAGACUGCAGCGUAUCAGUUGCUCUACUGAGGGUAAUUGGCUUCUUCACCCAAAGGACUCUUGAGGCGGAUAAAAAGAUUGUAGCCAACCCUUUUCACCCCGGACAGUGAGUCCCUUCCCUCUGGCAGGAGGCUGCGGUCCAUCGUUGCCAAGACCUCUCGCCACAAAAAACGUCAUCCCAUCAGCAAUUGGGCUAAUAAACCCCAGGACGUCACCAGCUUAAUUUAAAACUAAUCAAAUACUUUAAGUUCUAAUGUUCAAAAUAUUGUACGUGGCAGCAUGAGUUCCUUCUGGGUCCUCCAACUUUCUAAGACUGGCAGCUUAGGUUCAUUGGUGAAUGUAAGUGUGAAUAUGAGUGGAAUGGGUGCGUCUAUUUGUGCCGAUAAACUGUCGACCUGUCCAGGAUGUACCAUAACCCCGGGGGAAGGCAGUCCAAUGUCAGCUUAAGCAUCCCUGAAUAGGAUAAAUCAUAGUGGAAUGGUGAUUAGUUGGAAUGCUUCAGCAGUCCAACUAUUGUUCUUCAAAUCUUUAAGAAACUUCUUCUCCUAUUUCUAUCGUACAUAUUUUGGACACUUUCUCCUCCUUCAUAUAUUAAGCUACAGAAACUGCUCGAAUAUUAAAAUAUUCAGCUCUUUGAGCUCAUGAUUGCUCUGACUUUACAUAUUUCUAACUCAACUGUUCAUAUUAUAAAUAUGUUAUGGUUAAUAAUUUGAAUGGGAUCACAAUAGAGAAAGUCUUCAACUUUAAAAGCUUCUAAGAUCUACAUACUUUCAGCAAAUUCAAUCAUUUUUUCUUUUUAAUGUUGACAACCUUCAACUUUUAUUGUACAUUUUCAGAUAUUUUUUAUCUUUCCACAUUAUCAAAUGAUUAAUAUUUUUAUGGAAUAAAUAAUGAAUAGGUUCCUAUGGAGCAAAGCUUCAAAUCCCCUUAAACAUUUUCAACAUUAAAAGCUUCAAAUGUCGGCAUACCUUUAAAAUGUUGAGAAAAUCGCUAGCUAUAAUUUUAUAGUUCAGCUUUUUUUUCAUAGCUCUUAUAGUUAUUUAACUGUCCCCGUUUUAGUUGUGUUUUUCAGCUCGUCUUGCAGUUUUCAAUGUGUGUGUGGGGAAACGUAGAGCUCUGACGUCGAUGAUAAGAGUGCAGUGCUACUUCAGAAUCUUGAAAAAAAAGAUUUGUAUAUAAUCACUACAGCCACAAUUCUUAGUCUUUAGGCAUUAUUUUCUGGUAAAGUAGUAGGGAAUCUUGUGCUUGUCGUAGACAUGUGACUAUGGAAUCCAAGUUUCCCAGAUCUUUCUAGAGAAGCCGAGGGAGCAAGUCCACAUUUUGCCCCAUUAUAUCUUUCCCUCCAAAAAGAUUUCUCAGACAAUCGUACCUGAUUUCUAAAUCGCCACAUGUCUUACCCGACAGUCCCACCAUUCACACUCUGUUCAUCAAGUCAUCCUUCCUCUCAAAACAUAUUGGUGAAAAGAAUGGCGCUAUGGUUAUCUGACAGAGUAAUAUGGUACCAUAAAUACGAGACUGGUAUAUUUAUCUAUAAUAGUAAUAAAUAAAACAUCUGUAUGUUUCACUUUUUACCAACUUUUUCAACACUUAACAAACUAGAAUGGGCACUCGGUAGAGCGCAUACCUUCGCAUAUCACAAGAUUGGGCAUUGAAUUAUGAACAUUUUGGCAUUAGUUGCAUGCCAAUUGGACAAAAAUGUAUCGUGCUAUGGUAAAAAAAGAGUUUGACCUUUCCAUGACCUUGACCUUUGACCCAAUUGAUCCCAAAAUCUAAU